AACUCGUGUAAUAAGGUUUUCCAUUGACAGGAUGAACUCUUUGCGCUUUUCAAGUUAAUGUGAGGUUAUGGAGAAAAAGAGAUGGUUAUGGAAGAGAAAAUCUUCUGAGAAGAGCCCUGGUGAAGCUGAAAGUUCGGGGUCUGCAAUGUCUCAUUCUGAGAGGCACUCAGAUGAACGGUUUUUCUUGUCUGUGCAGCAUGAGGCAUCGAAAGAAUCUCCUAUUGAACAUAAUCAGUCACCUGAUGUCACCUCAAAAGCAGUGGUCAGAGCUGAAGAUAUUAAUGAUUCGUCAUUUAUCGACGCACAAUCACCUGAAGUCACUUCCCAUACAACAGACAACAUUAAUGAUGAUUUAUUGGAGGAAGAUGAAAACCAAACAAAGGGUAAUAAAAUAACUGGUGCAGAUGUAACUGAUGGAUUGAUGAAUAUGUCAGAUAAGCUAUCUGCAACACUAGUGAAUGUCACUGCCAAAGAAGACUUGGCUAAGCAACAUGCCAAAGUCGCUGAAGAAGCAAUUGCAGGCUGGGAAAAUGCUGAAACUGAAGUGACAGGUUUAAAGAAGCAACUCAAGGCACUGACCCUAAAAAAUUCAACCCUGGAAUAUCAAGUCACCCAUCUAGACAGUGCCCUUAAGGAGUGUGUUAGGCAAUUAAGACAAACAAGAGAAGAGCAGGAGCAAAAUAUUCAUGAUGCUGUAUUAAAGAAAACACACGAGUUGGAAUCAGCAAAAACUAAACUUGAGAACCAACUCAUGGAGCUCCAAAGCAAAUCAGAUGUUUCUAAUGCUACAUCGCCUUCAUCCAUUGAUUUUGAUAUGUGUCAGAAGGUUGAAUAUUUGGAGAAAGAGAACAUGGCUCUCAAGCAUGAGGUCCAAGUUCAAUCAGAAAAGCUGGAAAUCAGCACCAUAGAGAGGGAUUUAAGCACUCAAGCAGCUGAGAUGGCUAGCAAGCAACAUUUAGAAAGCAUCAACAAAGUGGCCAGGCUUGAAGCUGAAUGCCGGAGACUGAAAAGCAUGGCUAGUAAGGCUUCAGUUGCAUCAUCCUCAUUUUGUGUUGAAUCUCUUAAAGAUAGUCAGUCAGACAGUGGAGAGAGGACUAAUGCAAUGGAGAUUGAUACCCGCAAGAAGAGUGGCUCAGAACCAGACACGUGUGAGUUAAGCUGUUCUGACUCAUGGGCAUCUGCACUAAUUGCUGAGCUUGAUCAGUUCAAGAAUGAGAAGUGUAGACAAAUUCCAUCCGGUUCUGUUAAGAUUGAUCUCAUGGAUGAUUUUCUUGAAAUGGAAAAACUUGCAGCACUGCCUGAUGCCAUGAAUGAAAGCGUUAUCCAGGAGUUAGUUGUUGCCAAUCAAUGCAGUAACGAAGAAAGCUCCAUCAGAGACGAGUUUGGCAUUAUGAAUCAGCAAAUGGAUGAACUAAAAGAAAAGUUAGAGGAAGUCAAAGCAGAAAAAGCAGAAUUGCAAGUUUGUUUGAUGAAAAGUGAGGAGUGUAUUGAGACAUCACAAAUUCAAAUGAGUGAGGCAGAAACUAAAUUGGAGGAGUUGCGAAGAGAGCUAGAAAAUGCCUACAAAUCAAAGCAAAUGUUGGAAAAUGAACUAAUGAGCAUGCAGGUUGAGGCUCAAUCAAUAACUGCAAGGGUUCAUUUAUUAGAAGCUGAAGUUGAUAAAGAAAAGGCCAUGUUAGUUGAAAUUGCAAGUCAGUGUAAGGAAUUGGAGGAAGAGUUAGAAAGAAAAAAGCAUGAAGAGAAACUCCGGUCAAUAACCAACUCAUACAGUGAAAUGAAGCUAAAGCAGGAGGACCUAGCACUAGCUGCAGGCAAGCUUGCUGAGUGCCAGAAAACAAUAGCAUCUUUGGGAAAUCAAUUAAAUUCCUUAGCAACACUAGAAGAUUUUCUGAUUGACACUUCCAGCAUUCCAGAGUUCUCUACAAGUCCAUCACUCAUUGCUAGAGCUGGAAAAGAGAUGUGGAAAUUGCAUUCAAAUGAUAAAUAUUCACCCAAAAGAAAUUCCAGUUCAUCAAGGUCUGCUGAAGAGAGCUCUCGUCCAUUCAUAAACAAAAAUGAAGAAAGCUCAACACCUUCAUCAAACAACUUGCCAAAUCAUGAAAGUUCUGGGAAGAGUAGAAACGGCUUUGCAAAGUUUCUCUCUCAAACCGAGAGUGGGAUCCGACUAGAAAUGUAGUUUCUGCAAAAUAUUGAACUAACUAUGACGACACUUGUUCAUUUCAAAAGUUAUAAGAACUUAGUCUUAUCUGCUU